UCACAAUGAGAUGCAUGUCAGGAACAGCCCAGGUUUCAGCUCAGCAUGAGGAAUACCAAGCUUCUCUCUAUUUUUUUAUGUGGCUGAAGUGGAAGCCCCCUGCCAUAGGUGCAACUUCGUUACCUGUGAUCAAGCCUCGCAGUCUGCCUGAGGAUACAGACUUACUUGUUUCAUGCAUUUCCUCAUUAGUUGCACAGUUUGGGAUUUUCUUUAGAGGGAAGGAUUUCACCUUUGUAAACGAGGUUGCCAUCCUGCAGGGAUGUGUGACGGCCCUUUGGUGCAUAGCUCCAGCAUGCAGUCGAAGAAGCUUACAACUGAGCCUCCGUGUAUAACAGAAGAAGUGUUUGAAGACUACUUAGCCACAGAUGCUAUGCUUGUGGACUACUUUAAUGAAUUUCUGACUCUCCCGACUUUUGCUCAGCCAGUUAAGUUUAACUCAGACUUUGGGGUUUUUGAAGUAGUUAAUGACAUCCCACAACGCCUGGAACACCAGCUGAAAAAAAUUCUACAUGAUCAGAAACCUCCAAAUCCCAUUUAUGAUGUUAUAAGAAAAGCAAAGAAUGAUGGGCAGCAUUCCAAAAAGAUCACUGAUUCUUCGGCGUUCAAUAUUGAUCCAAAUUACAACACUAUGUGCCUUGAUCGAGAACAAGCAGUACAGUGGAUUAAGAAGGAAAGGCUUCCAGCAUUUCUAGAGAGUGACUGCUACUUUGAGUACAGGCUAGCUAAAUUGAUAUCACAGGUAGAAUGGAGCCAGACUGGCAUUAAUUUCAUUAUAGAUAGCAAGUACUAUCCCUGGAUAAGGAAGAAAGAUGCAAGUCGCCCCUCCCCUGAGGAGGAUGACACUUCAUUGACUAUGAAGAGGUUCUAUGUAUCACUUGGCCAGGCUACAGUUUCCCAAACAAUGGAUUGGUUUACAUUGGCAAAAGAAAGCGAAUCCGUGAAAACUACAGAUUCGUUUACGCAUCCUGUAGCUUCUGUUCAAACUCAAGAUACUCAGCAUUUGCCUGGUCUGCCUGAAAGAGAAGGUUCAUUGAGUGAAAAAGAAGCAGGUUCCCUACCUAAGAAAUAUGAGCGCUGCAGAUUCCUUUCCUCUCCAAGUACAGCAUUCAUGGAAGACAGUAUUUUUAUGGGGGAAUCAAGUGAAUCUGAGGAAGGUUCUUCUACAGCCACUGCUGAACCUCCUUCCUACUCACAGCAAAGAGUUUAUCCAGACCAGGAUUUGGAGAAUGCAGCAAAAGAAGGAAGUGGAUGGGAAAAUGCAACUCCUCAGCUACUGGAGGAAUCAACUCCAUCACAUACUCCAUUUGAAACAAAGGAAUCAAUUUCGGAACUCAUGCAACAGCCUAAAAUGUUUACACAUGAGUUAUCAAAUAAUGAAUUUGCCUGUGGUACUGAAGAACCACUCUUAUCCCAAAGUUCUUCUCCAUUUGCUGUCUCGGAGUCCAUGGGAGAUAUAAGGGAACGAGAUGCUGAAGAAGUAAGCAUAAGAUCAAGCUCUGAAAGCAAUGGGUCAGACAGUAGGGCUGCUUGGUGUAUUAACCACAGAACUUAUGACACUGGCAACAGAAAUGAGUUUGAAAGAUUCAAGAAAUUCGUUAAAGGAACACUUGGUGAGAGGUAUUGGUGGCUCUGGAUGGAUAUUGAAAGACUAAAGGUUCUUAAGGACGCUACAAGGCAGCAAAGGCAACUUGAUAAAAUGAAAAAACUCUAUCUACUGAGCAGUGGAGACUAUUUCCUCACUUCUGAAGUGUUACUCAGACUUGGUUUACUAGAUGGAGAGCGGUGGAAUACAAGGCAUUUAAGAAAGAUUCAGCCUGAAGUGGUGAAACCUCUUCUUCUUUACUGGGGUCCCAGAUUUUGUGUCACUCAUUCAACAGCGAUAGAAACUGCCAGUGCAAAGCUGAAGUUCUGGCAUACAUGCCAGGAGAGACCAAGGGUGGACACUGAUCCUUUUCCACAAAUGACAUCAUUGCUGCCAUUGACAACUAAGUCUGGUAUGCCUGGAAUACUACCUUCCCUUCCUCAGGUCUCAUCAAGAUUAUCAUCUGCCUUGUCAUCAAGACAAAGCCCCCAGAGGGAAGACUUUCUUAGCAGUAGAAAUCGAUUUAGGCCAGAGUCAGUGAGCAGGGACACAGUCCAUUGCUUAACUUUGGAUGAAACUACAGAAAUGAAACAGUUGGCUCAUAGAAGAUACACCUAUGCUGAGUUGCUCCCAGGGAAAAGUGCUGCUGGCAGUGUUAUCUUAAAGGGAUCAAGAAUGGAAAACAUGCUGCAGUCUCUUUAUCUGGAGAACAGAGCAGGUUACUACUUCACACACUUCUGUGAGAAGUCAGGGAAUAAGCUGUGGAAGAACAGUGCGUACUUUUGGUCUGACCUACAGGCUUAUCAUCAGCUUUUCUACCAAGAAACUCUUCAUCCCCUUAAAAUAUGCAGGCAAGCUCAAUUCCUGUAUGCAACAUACAUUGCCCCAUCUGCCAGCAUGGACAUUGGCCUUCAUCAGAGUAAGAGAAACAUGAUUUACCAUAAAAUGGACCCAGCUUUUGAGGAUCUUUUUGACAUAGCAGAAGAACAUGUCCUCCUUCUUCUACUAGAACCAUGGAUGAAGAUGGUGGAAGCAGACAAGUACAAGUAUGGAAAGGUGGAGUUGGUGGAAGAAACUCGACAGCUGGACUCUGUGUACUUUAGAAAACUCCAGGCUUUGCAUCAAGAAAGUGUUUCCAAGAAGAAUGAGAGAACUGUUGCUGACACUGGUCUGCCAUCCUUCCCUGACGUUCUCAAAGAAGCUCAGAACUUGCAUCAAGACUCCAAACAACUGGCAGGUUCUAAUUUGUAUGACCUGUUCCAAGACAAACAGAAGUUAGAACAGUUCUGGGUUUUUCUUAAUGAGAAUUCUGCUGGAAUGGAUCUCAUGUGCUGGAUAGAUAUUGAACAGUUCAAAAACAUGCCUCACAAGGAUCAAGAAAAAAGGGAGGAAAAAUCCAAGGAAAUUAAAAACAAGUACCUGAACAAAAAAUAUUUCUUUGGACCCAACAGCCCAGCUACCAGAGAGCAACAAGAACAGCUAAUGCGUUCAGGUGGAGGAUGGGGACAAAUCCUUCAUGAUCGGCUUCCUCCAGCGGUUCUGCUUGAAAUUCAGCGCUGGGUCCAGAAGAGAUUAGAAGAACAAUGGCUGCCAUUGUUCCUGGAAGAUGAACAACAAGGGGCAGAAGGACAAGCAAAGGUAAGGGACAAAACCGAAGAUCUCCUAAGACAAAAACAGAAGACAACAAGGACGUGGAAGCAUGUGGACAACAAGAGGGUUUCUUCAUCCAGUGAAAUAAUUGCUUUCCGCAAAGCGCUGUUGGAUCCUGUGACAGCAAAUCAGUUUCAACGCUUUGUGUCACUGAAAGGAGACCUACUGGGGAAUGGAGUGCUCUUUUGGCAGGAGGUACAGAAGUACAAGGACUUGUGCCAUUCUCACUGUGAUGAUGCCACAGUCCAGAAUAAGAUCACGACUAUUAUCGAUUGCUUUAUCAAUUCCGCCGUACCCCCAGCUUUGCAGAUUGACAUCCCGAUUGAACAAGCACAGAAGAUUUUGGAGCACAGGAAAGAACUAGGACCUUACAUUUUUAGAGAGGCACAGAUGACUAUUUUUGCCCUGCUGUUCAAAUUUUGGCCAAAAUUUUGUGAGUUUCGAAGCCGAUUGUCCAGUGACAAAAUUUUAUCUGCCUUGGAGAGAAAAAAAAGAAAACAGAUGCAGACAAAGGAAGUGAAAACAUCAGAGGAAAAGCUCGCCAAGUUUCAGGGUAAAGAAGUAGCAAGCAGUGUUUUGGGACAUCAGACUGAUCAGGAGAGAAGGCCGACAUCAAUUUCAGAUGGAUAUGGAAAUGAAUAUGGAGGAUAUGGAGGAUAUGGAGGAUAUGGAUAUGGGCGGCAGGCUUCCUGGUCCUAUUCCAAGUACAUAGAAGCCUUGGAGCAGGAGAGAGUACUCCUUAAAAUGCAAGAAGAUCUGGAGAAAAGCUCAUCAUCAUUAUUUACAGGUACCUCUUCUAUGUCCUUUUCAAAACCUAGAAACUCUGUAAAGCCUGCAAUUUCUCGUAAGAAUAGUAUGGCUUUGAAGAAACACUAAGAUCUUCCCAAAAAAUAGAAAGCAGGUUAAAAUCCCCCUGAAGAAGGAAAUGCAGAGACAUUCACCGCAGGUGGGCAAGAUAUAAAACUAAUGUGUGCGCAAGUUUUGUACUUCUGGAGCAAAACCAACAACUUGGAUUAUUAUUAAGAACUGUGAGGGUAGUCAAGGGUAGAAAAGAAACAUCUUCCACUGUAUUCCUCAUCAACAUGGUUGUGAUACUGACUCGUGUGUCUUUUAUUUGCUUAGUACUACACCUUGAGGCUCAAAUCAAUAAGAUUCCAUGAAGUAUGCGGAGUAAAAACAAUGAUGUAGUCAUGGUACUAAAGAUCUUGAAAUCAAGCCAAGUUUUUCAGUGCUUAAUCUAAUGAAAAAAUAAAACACUGCAUUAAUUGACA